AUGCAAACCUUCAAACUUAAUAACGGUGCUACUAUUCCUGCCAUUGCUUACGGCGCAGGAACUGCUUGGUUCAAAUUUGGUCAAGAUCAAAUUGAUACUAAAUUAGUUGACACUUUGAAAUUGGCCAUCAAGAAAGGCUUUACCCACAUUGACGGUGCUGAAAUUUACGGAACCAGUGGUGAAAUCGGAGAAGCUAUCCAACUGGUCCCCAGAGAUCAAUUGUUCAUCACCUCCAAGUAUAACACUGGGGAUAGUCUGUAUACCAUUCGCAGUGCUUACGAAAACCCUUACCAAUCUUUGGUUAAAGAAUUGGAAAAUAAGUUCAAGACCCCUUACGUUGACUUGUACUUGUUACAUUCUCCAUAUAUUAAGAAAUCAUUCCAUGGAGUUAGCUUGGUUGAAGCCUGGCAGAAUUUAGAAAAAUUGGUUGAGGACGGAUACGCCAAAACCAUUGGGGUUUCAAAUUUCAAAGUCGAGGACAUUCAGGAGAUAUUAGACUCCAACCCCAAGAUUAAGCCUGCUGUUAACCAAAUUGAAUUCAAUGCUUAUUUACAAGAACAAACUCCAGGAAUUGUCAAAUAUUGUCAAGAACACGAUAUUUUGGUUGAAGCUUAUAGCCCAUUAGGACCAUUGUCAAAGGGUAAACCAGGACCAAUUGACGACUAUGUUGAAAAAUUAAGUGGAAAGUAUCAUAAAGCAGAAGAGCAAAUAUUAUUGAAAUGGACUUUACAACAAGGUAUUUUACCAAUUACCCUUUCAACCAAAGAAGAAAGAAUUGGUAAAUUUCUUGACAUUUUUGAUUUCGAAUUAACUAAUGAAGAAAUUAAACAAAUUAGUGAAUUGGGUAAACAAAAAACAUUAAGACAAUAUUGGACUAAGGAGUAUGGCCACUAUAAAUGA